AUGGUUGCCGCGCGAAGAGAUGAUAGGAAUGCCAAAUCGUACAACCUGUCAUGUAACAACCUAACCGGCGGUCCGCCAGGCUUCGUAACCGUUGGCAAUAACAACAGGAACAACAAUGCUAACGCCCCUGCACCGCAGCGUGCUCCUAACGCACCGAACCAAGCACCACCAGCUCGGGGUCCGGGUGUUCAGGGCCAAGGCCAUGGCAAUCCUCAACCGCCGCCGCCGCCGCCGCCACAGCAGCAGCAGCAGCAACAGCAACAGCAACCCGACUUCCACCAGAUGCCCGCUAUGAACAACGCCCGGGGCCCACAACCCGGAGAGGCGGAUCCUCAUCUGCAGCCAGGAGGGCAGACUGAAUUCGAUGAGCGGCCAUUAGGGCAGGGCCGAAGCGAGGAUGCUGACGCUGAACCCGCUGCUCCUGAUGGCGGGCGGGGCGGAGACGCGAAGAAGAAGAUAAUGAUGAUGACGCAAGGUGAAGUGAAGAUGGAAUGA